AUGCCUGAGUCGCUCCCAGAACGGGUUGCUAGUCUUGCCUACUUCAUGGACUGUAUCUUUUUCUUAGAUGAUUUUGCGGAAGCCAUGGAUCAGUCGGACACGGAGGCCGUUGCCGACGACCUUGUCAGCAGUCUUAAAGCCGAUACUAAAGCAUCUCGGCACGGCAAUGCCGGUCUCAAGAAAGUCCAGGCUAAGAUUGUCCUUGAGCUGCUCUCUAUCGACCGCGCCUGCGGAGAGAACAUUGUCACUGCGUGGAAGGAAUGGGCUCUCAAGGGGGGCAACAAACUAAACAAACAUCACAGCUUCCAGACCUUCCACGAGUACGUUGACUAUAGAGUCAUUGAUUCCGGCGCAGAGGUAGGUGUCCAGCUUAUGAACUUGGGCCUGGCCCAACCCGUUUCACCUCUGGAGAUGAACACCAUCAGCCACAUUACACGGCCGGCUUAUGUGGCACUCUGUCUGGCCAAUGACUACUUCAGCUUCGAGGCCGAACACGCGGCUUUCAAGAUGCACCCGGACGCUGAUACCAUGGCCAACGGUGUUUUCGUGCUGAUGAAGGUCGAAAAGCUGAACGUCGCAGAUGCCAAGAACAUGCUCAAGAAAAUCAUCAACGCAAAUGAAGACAAGUUUCUCCAGCUCAAAAAGGCUGAGGAGGCCGUAUUACCGCCGAAGCUGCGCCUUGUACUUGACGGGCUUGUCCACAUGAUUGUGGGAAACCUCUGCUGGAGCGUCGUCUGCCCUCGGUAUGCACGUAAGCGUGACAUCAAAAUGCUCUCAUGUGUGGCUGAUUACGGGCAAGAAGAGGUCAACGGGGCCAAGGAUGGUUAUCGGCGCCAAAACGAUGCCGGGGUGAACCUUGUGACCCCAAAGAGCAUCGUCCAGUUAGGCAAUGGGCCAAAUACACCUGCAUUUAAUGGCACAAAGGGCCCGAAGUGGUCUAAUGGGAGCAGAAAUGUCGCAUCAGUCGGCUGGCGUGACCCAAAAAUGGUGUCUGGUGUCGAGUGUAAGCAGAAACUGAGCAAGCAGUUUGUCAGUGGCCCCGCAGAAUACACUCGUAGUUUGCCGUCUAAGCGUGUCCGUGAGAAUUUGAUUGAUGCUCUUAAUGGGCUGGAUGACAUUGAAGAUUCAUCUCCUCUCCGCCGAGGAGAGCCGGCAGCUCAUGUUGUGUAUGGUGUGCCACUGGCUAUUAACUCAGCCAACUACCUUUACGUCCUUGCUCUAGAGAGCGUCUCUAAGCUUUCAAACUCAGAGUGUAUUCGGAUUUUCAUCGAGGAGGUCAAAAACAUGGAAAUAGGGCAGAGUCACGACUUGUACUGGACACGCACCAUGCAAUGCCCGUCUGUGGAAGAAUACCUGCAAAUGGUCGAUAUGAAGACGGGCGCCCUGUUUUCUCUUCUCGCUAGGCUUCUCGCUGCUGAAGCACCAAAGCAACGUCACGUUUCCUUUGAAGGGAUUGUAAAGGUUGCCGGCAGAUACUUUCAGAUCCGUGAUGACUGGAACAAUCUUGUGUGUGCAAAGUACGAAGCACAAAAGGGCUUCUGUGAAGAUCUCGACGAGGGGAAAUAUUCCUUUCCCAUGAUUCAUGCACUGCAACACUCGAGCGAUAGAGACAAGGUCGAGCUGCAGAGCAUGUUAUGCGAGCGGCAGUUCCGCGGAGGCCUGACGCCUGAGCUCAAGCGGCAUGUGUUGCGCAUCAUGGAGCGCAGCGGUAGUCUGGAGCAAACACGACUCGUAUUGGUGCACCUACAGUCAUCCAUACAACGUGAGCUCGACGAGCUGGAGGCCCUAUUUGAAACCCCGAAUUGGAUGCUGCGGUACGCGUUUGAGAAGCUUAAGAUUGACCUUCCCGCGGAGUCUACUAUGCAUUGA